AUGCAUCUUUAUAAUAAAUUCUUUCGACCGCUAGUCACACUCACUUUCAUGAUUGCUGUAAUAACCUCAGGCACGCGUGCUCGUAUUUACAACAAAUGUGCAUUGGCUCGCAAACUUCAUCGCAUGGGCAUGCCGUUUCACGAGCUGGACGAUUGGAUGUGUCUGGUUGAGGGUGAGAGCUCCUUUAACACCAAAGCUAUAAAUCCAUCGAACGUGGAUGGUUCCGUCGAUUGGGGUCUUUUUCAAAUCAACGAUCGUUACUGGUGCAAGCCGUCAGAUGGACGGUCAUCUUCUAAUUCAUGCCGUUUGCCCUGUCGUCUUUUGAUGAGUGAUGAUAUCCGCUUUUCCGUAGCUUGUGCCAAGUAUAUUCGCCGAAUUCAGGGUUUCAGCGCAUGGGUUGCUUGGAAUAAUCGUUGCCAGGGCUAUAAACCGAGUAUGAAGCAUUGUUUCGAAAAGAAUGGACUGUACUACAGUUGA